ACUGAUCCACAAUUAAUAAUUAACAAAUGAAUAAAUUUAUUGUACUGACCGUACUCUUGCUCUCAAGCGUUUUGGUGGCAGCUGGACCAUUGACUAUUGAUGUUGGAGGAGGAGCUCAAUUCUCACUCCAAGAUGAAGAUACUACUGCUGAAAAUAGAAAGGUUCAUUUUCAAAUGAGCCUAAACUCUAAUCUUCAUCUCCUCGAUACAGCCACUGCUAUAUGCUUUGACUCUGAUGAUAGCUUCAAUAUAGCUGAUGGAUCAGCUGGAUUUGGAAUAAGUUUCCUCUGUGUUUCUUUGCAAUGUACUUCCAACGCUCAGUUGCAUACUCUCUUGUUCGGAUCCCAUUACCAAGAAGGAUACUGGGCUGGAGCUGGUAUUGAUGUUUCUCAUACUUGGGUUGGUGGACUUGAAGUUAAUGACGGACUAUCUCCAGAGGCUCAAUUUGACAUGGAAACAAGCGUCGCCGCUUCUAUUAAUCUUCCAGAUCUUGAAGCUGAAGUAGAUACUUACCUCAAAUGCUUCACCAAUUUCGCUGGGUCAUAUAUUGAGAAUAACCUCUUGGUAGAUAUUAACCUGAAUAGUGACUGGCAAGAGCACAAUGUCACAAUUACAGCAACGGCUUCAUAAAGUGAUGGCGAUCUAGAAGCUUAAGCAAAUCGUUUGGCUUGGAAUCAAAAUCUAUACCAUAAUUCUUCAUAAAAAC